AUGCAGACUGUAAACAUUUGUGAAAGAAUGGAUCGCUCUCAGAAGCUCAGUGAAUUCAAGCAUGCUACUGUUAUAGGCUGCCAUCUGUGCAAUAAGUCCAUCCAUGAAAUUUUCUUGCUACUAAAUAUUCCACGGUCAACUGUUAGUGUUAUUAUAACAAAGUGGAAGCAACUGGGAACAACAGCAACUCAGCUACAUGAGCGGGGUCAGCGCACGCUGAAGCCUACAGUGUGCAGAAGUCGCCAAAUGUCUGCAGAGUCAGUAGCUAAAGAGCUCCAAACUUCGUGUGGCCUUCAGAUUAGCACAACACUGCAUAGAGAGCUUCAUGGAAUGGGUUUCCAUGGC